AUACGAGGAACGAAUAUUAGCCUUGAUUUAUGAAGAUGAUGACCAGGUGGCAUGUUCAACAAUGAACAAUUUCUUUUGCGGCUUGCACUUAUUAGUUGGCUGUGCUGAUGUGUGUGCAACAGCAAUGAAAAAAAUUGAAACUUUUAAUAUAAUAUCCAUUAAUACCACUGAUAAUGAAACAAAUGAACAGCAGAUUGAUGGAGGGGAUGAACUAGGCAUACACAUCAUCAAAGGAAAUGAAAGUGGUGCAGCUCAACUAAUAAGAUGCUGUAGUAUAAAGCCUUCACUCGUGGUGCUGAUGAAAAAUGUGGUGUUCAUGGAGCCUGGAAGUUGUACCGUGACAUACAAAAACAUAAAGUAUUAUUUCAACCUUUUAAGCACAGUAGUUUACUUCCACAGAGAAAGAAUUUUGACUUUCCUUGAAAAUUUCCAUGGAGUUACGAAUGGCUUAUUGCAACAGAUUGUAUUGGGUUUAAAAAACUAUACUUUUGUCGCUGGAUGCAGAGCGUUCGGGCUCAGUUCCAAACAAAUAACCUCACCACUAUGGCGCCUUAUUGAAGGCAAAAUACAUAUUUUGAAAAUGAACAAACAAUAUCUGGAUUUAUGCAAAUGUCUUGAAAAUUUGCAAAUUGUUACAUACACUGAAAGGUUUGUAGCAGGAGAUAACACUCCAUUCGACACUGUUGUUGAAAAUGAUGACAUAGUUCAUAAGGAAUUGGUGAAGUCAGGUUCAAGUGACAGCCUUACUGAAAGAAAGAAAGAAAGAAGUGUUUUAUUUAACGACGCA